UCCGAGACUUCAGUUGUUGCAGCUGCAAGAGCUGCUGCAAGCACCACGCCUUGGUGAAAUAGCCUGCACCUGCUACCAUGCCUGUGCCCCGAAAGAUUCUUCUGAGUGUCUUGGCGAUCACGCAUGUGCUCUCCCUCGUACCUCCGUUGUCAACCCCACCUUCUUCACGGACCACAGGACUGCUUCGUGGCCGAACUGCAACCUCAAACCACAGCAGGAGAGGCACCGGCAGCAGCCGCGUCGUCAGAUGUCGGCAUCGACCACGCCAAUACACCGUGGUUGAAGAGGGGGGGGCGGAAGCUGCUGGGGAUUCGCUGUCGAUGGUGGUGGGCGAAAGAAGAGCUGCGCUCGGCCGCAGCAGCAUCAGCAGCAGGCAACGUCGGCGAAGUGCACGCGUGUGUCAUGAUGCAACGGCAGCACCCACCACGGACGGUGGUGGCACCGGUAGCAGCAGCAGCAGCAGCAGCAGUGGCACAAGAAAAGGAGGGGCGGCAUCUCAAGAUUCUCCUGCGCCACUACUAGACGGAGGAAACGUCUUCUCCUCCACGCCCAACGGCGCCGCAGCCGCCGAUCCCGGUCCCGUCAACGGUGGAACGUUCCGCGAGUUGUUCCGGGGCCGGCUGCCGGACUGGCUGUUGACUCGGCUGGAGCAGCUCGGCUUCGCAACCCCGACGCUGGUGCAGCGCCAGGCCCUCGAGGUCAUCCUGGGAGAGGGAAAGCACGACGCCGUGCUGCACGCGCAAACAGGCAGCGGCAAGACCCUUGCGUUUCUCCUGCCGCUGCUCGCCCGAGUCGAUCCUUCGCGGGCGGCCGUCCAGGGACUCGUCGUGGUGCCGACGCGCGAGCUGGGUCUCCAGGUGGCCGGCGUGGCCAAGCGUCUCGCCGCGGGAACAAGCUCGGGCAGGGAGAGCAAGAUCCAGGUUAUGUCCGUGCUCGAAGGGUCCAGCAAUAAGCGGCAGCGCGCGUGGGCCUGGGCGGACCCCCCGCACAUCGUCAUCGGCAACCCGGAGAGCCUGACGCGGCUCGUCACGACCGGCGCUGUCCGCGUGAACGCCGUGUCGUACGUGGUCGUGGACGAGGUGGACGCGUGCCUGCUGUCGGAGGGCACCCGUGCAUCGCUGCACGAGCUCCUGGCCCGCAGCCUGUCCCCGACGCACGCUGACGAGGACGAGGGAGAGGACGAGGAGGAGGCGGUGAGACUGGCCGAGGUCGGGGCCGGGAGAGUGACGGGGGCGGCGGCGCCGGUGAAUAGGAAGCUGAGGGACAGGCAGACGGUGUUCGCGAGCGCGACCGUGCCGCAGCACAACCACUUCAUCCGACAGUGCGUCCAGAAACAGUGGACGCUGACCGAGCCGGUUCACGUGCAAGUGCACGCCAAGGAGGCUAUGCCGCCGUGCCUGUCCCACCACUACGUCGUGUGCCCGCCGGAGCAAAAGCUAGCGGUCCUGAGGGCCCUGGUCAAGCGAGAGCUCGGUGUAUCGGCUUCUGAGGCAGCAGCAAAGCUGACAUCAGGAGCGCCACCACCACCACCACCACUAGGUGCAACAGCCGUAGCGACCACGGCGGGGGAGGGAGACAGCCCAUCGGAGGGUCAAGCAGGCGGGGGCGGUGUUGCUAACACCGACGUCCAGGCGGACACGAGGGGGCUCGUGUUCGCGCUGGCCACCAAGCCCCUCGAAGGAAUCGCGGCGUCGCUCGACAAGGCGCUGGGUGGGCGCGGGAGCGGGGGCGGGGGCGGCGGCGAGCGCGGCGGGAGAGAGCAGCACCAGCACCAGCACCAGCACCAGCACCAGCACCAGCAGGCGAAGGGUAGGGGUGCGCAACCGCCACAACCACCAUUGGCAGAGUUUCUUCGAGAGGAGCUGGGCUUGAACGCGCGGGCUGACGCGAUGUCGUUGUUCCGCGAGGGCAAGACGCGCCUUCUCGUGUCGACGGAUAUGGCGGCGAGGGGCUUGGACGUGCCGGAGAUUACGCAUGUUUUCAACCUUGAUCUGCCGCUGGACGGGGAGGGGUACGUGCACCGAGGGGGGCGCGCCGGGAGGCUAGGCAGACCGGGCAAGGUCAUCUCGCUCGUGACGCCCCAGCAAGAGUUCGUCAUUCGGCGACUGGGAAACGGGAUCGGGGUGGACAUCAAGAAGAUUAACCUGGGGUCCUCGAGGAGGAGACCGAAACGGUAACCCGAGCCUCUGCCUAGCUUGUUUUCCUGACCUUUUCCUCGCUGCAGAGCCCUUUAGCGAUGGGUCGGCAACGAUUCCCUGGGGCUGAUUGGACAACCUCGCAGAGAGACUAGGGGAUGCUGGAGUUUGCGAAACAACAGCAGCCUGGACCUUCCUAUGUAGUUUUCGUGCUAAAUUGUGCUUUGGCGCUGGGUGGUCCUUUUGAUCUGGAUAAGCAACGGUUCCUUGGGGCUAGUUGGAUAACCUCGCGGAGACGCUAAACCUACUGGGCUUGGUGAAACAGAACCCUGCCUAGCUUUUUUGCUGGUGCUCCCGUGCCGGGGAAUUGAAUCAGCAACGGUUCCUUGCGCUAUAAGUAGGGCGGUAAGGUCGCAGACAGACGAAAGGAGACAGAACUGGGUCCAGCGACGACCGGAAGUGCGACCCUGGGCCUCCUGCUUUCCUCUUCCUCGUUUGUUGAGGAGAGUCCUCCCAGAUUCGGAUCAAUAUGAUGUGCUUGCGCUCGAUUGAUAACGAGAGAUAUUUUGCUUUGGAUCAGCAAGGUUUGCUCGGGCUGCUCCUGGUGAGGUAUAAAAAGAGGAACGGUGAUCGGGAGAUGUGACACCUUAGUCUGAGCCUUGGCCUUCUUCCUUUGUCCUCUACCGAGAAAUCCUGUGUUGGGUGGUAGGGUUUUCAAGCAGGGUCCCCACGCAAGCGCGCGGAUGAAGGACGCGAAUAAAUUGUUCACGGGUGUGGUCGCCGCGGGUGGCGGCCGCGGCGACGGGAAACUUGGAACAAGACCACGCAAGCCGAUAGGGCGACAAAGAUCGAGGGAUCCGGCCGCCAGACAAAGGUGUUGGGGCUAGUGGAAUACAAGGGGCCGGGUGAGCCUUGUUGGCGCUUCCUCUCGUAAAGGCUCACGAGCUAAAUAGUUGUUUGUUCGUGGAAAGAGAUCGGGCUUAACACUUUCCUGCCCCCGAACCUUGUGUAUUCUUGUCACCGGCUUCGUAACUGACCCUCGCUGGAUUUAGUAUUGUGUGCUCUAUCUACACACACGAGUGUGGAGCCUCAGGGAGAGUGAGGCUUCUCGACUUCGACUGACGGAGAGAUAGACGAGACUGAGAGGCAGAGAAUAGGUCGCAUGCACAACAACAAGGGUGUGGAAACUACGUAUGGUUGAAGAUGAGGGGGUGAG